UAUGUGCCAAGUGACAGUAGAAAUUUUGAAAGCUGCUAUGAGGAGGAGCUAGAGACGGGGCUUUGGGGUGUAUUGUACCCCACCCACCCCACUUGUAGGAAAGCCUCUUUCCAGCCAGAGGUAAUUAAACUGGAAAGAAGAGGACAGACCCAGGAAAAGAAGGGAAACAAUUCUGCUGCUCAUCAUUCUGUCCUUUAUCACUUGCUUCCUGAUUCUACUCCCAACCACACUCAUCACUGCCAAGGUGGCAGCAGAAUAGCCCACAGAGACAACUCUGCUCAGCCACAUUGUACAUCCUAAGCGGCGCUAUCAUCCAGCUACGCUCCCUGACCAUUGGGACCGCUUCUGAUGGCUGUAGCCUCUGCUGCCCCAGGGAGCAACUUCUCUAAGCAGCUCCUUUUCUUUCUCCUGGCUUUGAUACUUUUUUGUGAUGCCUGCAAGAAAAUUUCCCUUCAGGUUCCUUCCCAUCUUCCAGUUGAUGCACUUGUAGGCACAGUGAAUCUGAAGGAGUGUCUUCAGUCUGCCAGCCGAAUCCAAUCAAAUGAUCCUGACUUCAGAGUUCUAGAAGAUGGUUCAAUUUAUACAACACAUGACCUCAUUUUGUCCACUGAAAGGAAGAGUUUCUCCAUUUCAGUUACAGGCAGUCAGACACAGGAACACAAAGUGAUAGAAGUUGUACUGGCACCAAGAGGGAAAAAGCUUUUUGAGAGGCAAGAGAGACAGAAGAAAGACCCAGUCCUCAAACGCAGCAAGAGACGAUGGGCUCCUAUUCCAUGCUCACUGAUGGAGAACUCCUUAGGUCCAUUUCCACAACAUGUGCAGCAGGUCCAGUCUGAUGCUGCACAGAACUACACCAUCUUUUACUCUAUAAGUGGACCAGGAGUGGACAAAGAACCCUUCAAUCUUUUCUUCAUAGAUAAAGACACUGGAGACAUAUUUUGUACACGGAGCAUAGACCGAGAGAAACAUGACCAGUUUCCACUAUAUGCUUAUGCAACAACUGCAGAUGGUUAUGCCCCCGAGUACCCUCUCCCCUUAUUAUUCAAGGUUGAGGAUGAUAAUGAUAACGCCCCAUAUUUUGAAACCAAAUUAACUACAUUUACUGUGGAUGAAAAUUGCAGAUCUGGAACUUCAGUGGGAAAAGUAACCGCCAUAGAUCUCGAUGAGCCUGACACACUGCAUACUCGUCUGAAAUAUAAAAUCCUACAGCAAAUCCCAGACCAUCCCAAGCAUUUCUCCAUCCACCCAGAUACAGGUGUCAUCACCACAACUACAACUUUAUUGGACAGAGAAAAAUGUGAUACUUAUAAGCUGAUAAUGGAAGUGAGAGACAUGGCGGGCCAACAUUUUGGUUUAUUUAAUACAGGAACAAUUACUAUUACACUUGAGGAUGUAAAUGAUAAUGCACCAUCUUUUACAGAAACUUCUUAUGUUACAGAAGUAGAAGAAAAUAGAAUUGAUGUUGAGAUUUUACGAAUGACAGUAGAAGAUCAGGAUUUGCCAAAUACUCCUCACUCAAAGGCUGUAUACAGAAUUCUACAAGGAAAUGAAAAUGGCAAUUUCAAAAUUAGCACAGAUCCAAAAACCAAUGAAGCCGUUUUGUGUGUUGUUAAGCCACUGAAUUAUGAACUCCAUCAAAGUAUUCUUUUGAAAAUAGGCGUGCUUAAUGAAGCACAAUUUGCCAAAGCACCAAACUCACAAACUCCUGCUAUGUGUACGACAACUGUCACUGUCAAAAUUAAAGACAGUGAUGAGGGCCCAGAGUGUCAACCUCCGGUAAAAGUUUUCCAGAGCAAAGAUGGUUUCCCAGCUGGACAAGAUCUCCAAGGAUACAAAGCAGUAGACCCAGAAACGCGCAGUAGUGAAGGCUUAAAGUAUAAGAAGAUAAAAGAUGAAGAUAACUGGUUUGAAAUUAAUGAAGACACUGGUGACUUGAGGACUGUAAAAGUGCUAGAUAGAGAAUCAAAAUUUGUAAAAAAUGACCAGUACAACGUGUCUGUGGUUGCAACGGAUGCAGAUGGCAGAUCUUGUACUGGGACAUUAGUCAUUCGCCUGGAAGAUUUUAAUGAUCAUUCACCACAAAUUGAAAAGGAAAUCACGAUUUGUCAAAAUGAUAAGGAUUUUGCUGUUCUUCAACCUGAAGACCUAGAUGGGCCUGACAAUGGUCCACCAUUUGAAUUCCUUCUGGAUAAUUCUGCCAGUAAAUUUUGGACUAUAGAACCAAAAGAUGGUGGUAAAACUGCCAUUCUUCGUGAACGGCAAAAUCUUGAUUUUAACUUUUACCGCGUGCCUAUCCAAAUAAAAGAUAAACGUGGUUUUUCUGCAAGACACAUCUUAACAGUGAGAGUAUGUGACUGUACAACUCCGACUGACUGUAAAAUGAAAUUUAGCGGUGACAGAGAUAUCAAGCCACCAAAUGUAAUACUUGGAAGAUGGGCUAUUCUUGCCAUGGUGUUGGGCUCUGCAUUGCUGUUAUGUAUACUGUUCACGUGUUUCUGUGUUACUGUGAAGAAAACAGUAAAGAAAUGCUUUCCAGAAGAUGUGGCUCAGCAAAAUUUAAUUGUAUCAAAUACUGAAGGACCUGGAGAAGAAGUAAUGGAUGCAAAUAUUCUACUCCCCACACAGACAUCCAACAUUUGUGACACAAGUGUAUCUGUUGGCACUCUUGGUGGCCAGGGGAUCAAAACACAGCAAAGUUUUGAAAUGGUCAAAGGUGGCUACACUUUGGAUUCCAACAGAGGAGGUGGACAACAGACCUUGGAGUCUGUCAAGGGAGUAGGGCAGGGAGGAAUGGAUACCGGCAGAUAUGCAUACACCGACUGGCACAGCUUUACCCAACCUCGGCUUGGCGAAAAGGUGUAUCUUUGCGGUCAAGAGGAGGAGCACAAGCUUUCUGAUGAUUACGUGCGGUCGUACAACUACGAAGGAAAAGGGUCUGUGGCUGGCUCGGUAGGCUGCUGCAGUGACCGACAGGAAGAAGAGGGGCUUGAGUUUCUAGACCAUCUGGAACCCAAAUUUAGGACGCUAGCAAAGACAUGUAUAAAGAAAUAAAUGUGCUCUUUAAUAGAGGAACACCUACAAAUGCUCAUGUAGGAGCUUAUUAAGAGUUAAGUGAUAGUGACAUCUACUUAUGUGUUGUUUUCGAGAGGAAACCUUUGUGUCUUUGAUGGACAAGAUGCAAUACACAGGUAGCUAGCUAGCUCCCCCCAAUUCUCCUUGUCUGACAGAGCUUUCCUGAACUCUAGAUAGAACUUCCACUUGUUGAUUUUGCUCUUGUAUAUACUGCUCUUUCCAGGACUGUGUGUUUUCUUGCUCACUCUUUGAAGACUUAGUUACUUUGCAUGAUACUGAAGAGAAUAUGGGAGAAGGGGGAGGGGGGUGUGGAGGUGAACCAAAAAAUUAUCUUUUAUAAAAACUGAAAUACUUCCUUCAAAACCCAGAGGAGAAUUAUGCUUUUAGAAAUAAUACUUUUGGUGCUCAAGAACUACUUCCUUUAUAAAAUGGCUCUAUGUAUUGGAGGACUUAAAAAUAAUCUUUGGUUCAGCUUUCCAUUUGGUAAAUAAGAGCUCACUUCUUACUAUACUUUUUACUCUGCAGAGGGGUUCCCAUAAGGAUUUUUGUUGUUGUUGUUAUAAAUAUAUAUUUCAAGAGUCCUCAGAGAUUCUUCUUGGUAUCCACUUUUGUGGAUGUGUCAUAGAAUUCCCGAGGUUUCUAGGAAGUUCAAAAGGCCUGGACAGUCAUUUGAUUUCUAAGGAUCACUAAGGAAUAUUUCCAUGACAGAGUUACACCUUCACACUCAAAAAUUAACUGAAAUUUGCAAAUAUAUUCUGGUUGCCAAACAUAAUGUACUACAACUUUUAUAAAUUAAAGAUAUCUUAGUAAGAAUAUGCAUUCUCUAGUUAGAUUUGGGCCAACCAUUGGUAAGCAUUGGUGGAACUAACCAGACAAGCAUUUGACUUGGAACUCGGAUCAGUAGCACUUAGUUCUUAGAGUAUGUUAAAAAUGGAACAUGUGUUUACAUGGAGGCUUAAUAUUGAGUCUAAACUGUUAAAGAAAACAUAAUGGUGAGUAAAGGUGGCAUGGAUGUGUUAAAAAAUAAAAUCUACUAAAAAGACAUUUAGAAAAAUAUUGUUGAAUUAUGGAUAAAUUGAUGACCACACAUCAUUAUUUUGGAUGUAUAAUGAAACAAAACUUUUUUUUUUUUAUUAAGUUAACAUGAGUGACUGGGGAAGUGACUCAAUUUGUAUGCCUGAGACUCCCAGUUUCAUCUGUAGCACACAUGUACCAGAGUAGUGCUCUGGCUUAUUUUCUUUCUCUCUAUUUCAUAUACGAGUCAUUAUAUCUCAUAUGAAACAAAUAAAAUGAAAAAAAAAACCUUAAGACUUCCAAGGAAACUGUAUGUUCAAUUAAUAAACCAAGCUCUAUGCAUUCACAGAUUGCAACUGCAUGUCACAUGCAAAUUUUCUAUCCAGACAAAAUCUUUUAAAAAUAAACCAACUAUUAAAAAAAUAUGUGGUUCAGAUUUUAAGAUUUUGUGAUUAAUUUUCUUAUGUCAGUCGCAGUUUCUACUUAAGAAAAUUAGUGUAAAACUGUACCUUAGAGAUAUUAAAAAGGAGUUCUGAUAAAUAAGAUUUUAUUUAUUUUAUAAGGUAUGACUUAUCUGGUAAUUAUGAAUAAGAUAAUUUGGGAGAUAAUGCUUUUUCUGUACACAUUCUUCUGACAAUGAUAUCAUUUUUAAAAUUUAAAAGUAGAGCAUCAUUGUAAAUUUUUAAUGAUAUUUUAAUAUUUGAUUGUUAAAUCUUUUGAGUGUAGGUACAUGAUAUUUUCUGAGCAACUAAAAAUUAUUAACCACCAAUUAACUUAUUUGUGCCUGUUUGCUUCAUAUUUCUUACAUUUGCUUAUGUAUUAAAGACAAAUUUAUAUAUUAAUAUAAACUACAAAUGUCAGAGACAGAUUUUUUUAGUAAAAGAAGACAUUUGGAAAGCUUUACCAAAAUUUCCAAAAAAAAAAAAAACGUGAAAAUAGUUUGAGUUUUGCAAUUUUGACUCUUUAACUUUUUAAAAAAUAUCAUUAAAAUUUAUCUCACAGAAGAA